CUUCCCUGACUGGCGGACUCGUAUAAAAAAGAAAAAUAAUGAAAUGCAUUGCUAUGCAUUUGCGUUGCAUGUUUGAAGCCCUACCUCACACACUCAGUUUGAGCGCCGCUUCGCACUUACGACUCAUGUGGAUUUUACUUGCUAAGCCAAGGAGUAUAACCAUCAUACGUUGAUAAGUGGAUGUACCAAACCCACAUUGCAACAGUCGCACUCAAUCCCAAGUAAUUUCAAGCAGACUCCAGCUCUGAAAUUACCAUUAAUAUACAGUAUUCCAUCCUACAAGACUUCUAAUUCUUCGAUCCGAGAUACAACAUGGCGAAUCUGAAGCAGCUCAACUUCGAUGCCAGUGAAGACUAUCCUGAAUUUGCUGGACAUCACAGUCUUCUAGCCAAACACUGCACAAAGGAAAUCUACGCGAAGCUUCGUGACGUUCAGACUCCGUCUGGUUACACAAUUGACAGGGCCAUUCAAAAUGGUGUUGACAACCCAGAUUUCCAUGUGGGUAUUCUUGCCGGUGACGAGGAAUGCUAUACUGUAUUUGCUGAGCUUUUUGACAAGGUCAUCGAGGAAUAUCACAACGGAUUUAAAACAACAGACAACCACAAGACUGAUUUGGACCCGACUAAGCUUGAAGGUGGACAACUUGAUGAUGACUACGUGGUGAGCUCUCGUAUCAGGACUGGACGUAACAUCAAGGGUAUUGCUCUCUCACCUCAUAUCGCUAGGUGCGAGAGGCGACAGGUCGAAAAACUGGUUUCAGAAGCUCUGUGCUCAUUGUCUGAUGAGUUUGAAGGUAAAUAUUACCCUUUACCCAACAUGACCCCAGAGGACCAGCAGCAGUUGAUUGAUGAUCUCCUCUUUGAGAAACCCGUCUCACGUCAUUUCCAGAGCGGUGGUAUGGCAAGGGACUUCCCCGAUGGGCGUGGCAUCUGGCACAAUUCCAACAAGACAUUCUUGGUGUGGAUCAAUGAAGAGGAUCAGACUCGUAUCAUCUCGAUGCAGCAGGGAGGAAAUAUGAAGGCAGUCUUUGAGAGAUUCUGCUCUGGUCUUAGUAAGGUGGAGGAAAAAAUCAAGGAGCAAGGAAAGGAGUUCAUGUGGAACGAGCAUCUUGGAUUCAUUUUGACCUGCCCUACAAACCUUGGUACUGGAGUCCGAUGCAGUGUCCACGUCAGGACCAACCUAGCCAAGGACGAGCGAUGCAAGGCUAUCAUGGGAGCUCUACGUCUACAGAUGCGUGGCACAAGUGGUGAGUUUACUGAAGGUGUAGGAGGCGUCUACGACAUCUCUAACUUGGACAGAUUGGGAACCUCCGAGGUCCAACAAGUACAGUGUGUGAUUAAUGGUGUCACUAACAUCAUCGACAUGGAGAAGAAGCUGGAGAAAGGAGAGCCCAUCGAUGAUCUUCUACCAGGAAACACUGCUGAGGUCCAGGCUGAACAAGAGGAGUCCGAGAAGAAAGCAGCAGAAGAGAAAGCAGCAGCCAAGGCUGCAUCCAGUGAGGGCGCUGCUUCAGGCAGUGAUAAACCCAAGAAGAAGUCAUCGACGUGUAAUCUGCUGUAAUUUAUUAAAUACAAGACAAAAGGCCGGUUGACAUUGGCUUGAUUUAUUAAAAAGAUGAAGUAAGUUUAUCGAUGAUUAUUUGAACGAAAUUGUCAAGCUUAAAACGAUCCAUAAAAGAAAAAUUGUAAUGUUUAGUUAUAAUGCAUAUGAUUUUUUUUUUUAUAAUGAAGAUUAAUUUUGAUUAAACAUGUUGUUUGCAUUCUAAAAUGAACAAACAUGCAUGUAUCUAUAAAUUAUGAUGAAAUUAUAAUAAGGUAUUGUGAUAAGCUAUGAAUAAAAGAUAAACAUAUUCGAAUUUUUUCGUUGAGAUGUAAUAAUUGAGAUGUUUUUUUUUUAUCAUAUUUCAAAUUAAUUUUUUGUUUUCUCUCUUUGCGUGAUGCUGUGAUAUUUAAAACAGAUUUCAUUCGAAUCACCGAAUCACCAAAGUGAAUUCCAGUAAAAGCAUUUUAUAUAAACAAGUAAUGAAGUUUAACUUAUUAGUGCUCGGAGAACACCUAAUAGAUUUGACCGGCAGAUGACCACUAAUGUUUCUUUAUUGAUUGAGUAAUACAUUGAUAAAUUAAUUUACGAAUACGGUAUUCUCACCAUUUCAUGAGAGACACCUCGCUCGUUGCAUAAACUCGACGGAAAUCAUUAUCUGGAUAUUGUACAGCUUAUAUUUACAUUAUAAUCAUUUAUGUCAUUGUGGAAUGCAUCAUGUUAAUGAGCCGAAGUGACAUUAUGAAAUAUUAUUAUAAGUCCAUGAAUAUACUAAUAUCGCUAUUUUCAUGGUCUAUAUAUUCUUCGGUGUAAAAAUGUCAUGAUAACAAAAAUGUACAUUGAUUUGCAUGAUUUAUGGAUCUGUACAAUAUAAGCAUUUGCUUAAAGUUCGUAAUAAUUUAUGUAACUGUGUGUGUAUUUCAUUUUAAAGUAUUGUAUGGGUAUUUCCGUCCAACGUUGUCACAGUGUAUUAUACUGUUAUGUUUUUUGUAAAUAUGAUAUUGUAUGCUUAGAUUAUUUAGUUCUGGUUUGAUCUUCCACUUAGGCUAAGAAAACGGGACGCUCAGCCGACUCUGUUGUAUAAAUUUAUUCUUCCCUAAUAAACACUUCAUCUAUAUAAAGGGCACAACUUAAGUAUGUCAGUUACAGACUUGAUUUACAUUAAAUUCAUUGCAGUCGUCAUGGUCAUAGCAGUGUUCUUUUCCCCCAUCGGAUUAUAAAAUAAUCAACUCUAAUCAAAACAAGAACAGGUGUUACAUUCAAACAAUCCAAGAUAAGACUAUAAUAUAUUAUAUAUUCAUAUAUCUUUGCUUACA